AUGUCUCUAUCAGCGAGCACCCGAAAAGCACCAUCGAUCCCGUCAACCAGCAGUCGUGCAGCAUCAGUCCGGAGUCACGCACUCGUAGUGCCUUCAACGACGCGAACCGUCGUAACUGCACCCCCUUGGGCCCAAGAUGAACCCCCUUCUCCCAUAGACGAUGGUGACCAUCAUCCUUAUGAUCAGAGACCAUCCGACGUCGCCGCCUCUCGUUCGUCCUUUGGAGGAUUAAAUGGAACUUGGUCCGAACUUCAAUCACCCUGGGGGACAUUCUCUCGUUCGUCCUUUGGAGGAUUAAAUGGAACUUGGUCCGAACUUCAAUCACCCUGGGGGACAUUCACUCGUCCUCGAGAAGCUCAGGGAGAGCCAUCGGGUCAAGCGGCUAGCAAGAAAGGUGCUGCCUGCAAAAAAAGACCGUCCUUGUCGUUAUAUACUAAUCGUCAGUCGUGCGAUGAGCCCCACUCCUCGACAGUUUCUCCACUAGAGAAGGGAGUCGCGCAAUUUCAUGUCGAGUCGGGAGCGCCCCCGUCCCUCGCGCCUUUCGCUCUAUCUCAUAAUAAAACACCUGGCUGGGACACGCCAUGGGAACCAACACACGAUUUCCCUACGAAUUUUAGAGGCGAUUAUUCCCACCUUGGAGCGCCAGGAGAUCGCUCAGAUGGUGAGUCAGGAGACAGGUCAAGCUCUGGCAAAUCGAGGAAGAAGCGCUUUAGAACCUUCAUUCUGACGAAUAUCUAUGUGCCAUUGCUUUUUAGGUUCAUCAAUAUAACAUUCACAACCACGGCUCUUGCGCUGGCUAUCCGGAUACGCAUGAUGGAGUUGCAUUACGGAGUUAUGGGAAUCGUAGGAAGUUCUCCAACCUUGGUGAUAAUAUUUGCACCUCUGACCUUGGUUCAUGUUAUGCUCGAAUACUUCGGCCGCCCCAUGGGAUUAUGGCGAACAUCUGGCAAACUUGCACACACCCUCCUCGAAGUUUGUUUCAUUUGUGCUUGGUCUGCGGCUUUUUCGCUCUGUUUCGACAAUUUCUUCACCUCACUUAUCCCCUGCGCGUCGGCAAGCAGCAUUGCUUGGUACAACGAACUCUCUCGGCCAAAGCUAACACUUCCGGACCUUGGACGAAAUGAGGGCGGAGUAGGAGAUACUAUCUGCGACUAUCAACUUGCAUUGAUUUGUCUGGUUGGGGUUGGCCUUGUCACGUAUUGCAUCAAUCUUGUUAUCAGCCUCUUCAGGAUUUUUGAGAAGGUCAAGUCGUAUGCUGGUUUUCGCCCUACUUAA